AUGAUUGAGAAUGGUAACAUUAAUGUUGAAUCCCGUUAUGAUGAAAUCAAGCGAUUUAUAUUAGAUGAUUAUAAGAACGAUCCAACUAUAUUAGGUAUUGAUGGAUUACUCGAUGUAUUACUUGUACUUCAUGAUGAAUGUUCGAAUGCAACCUUGAGGGGAGAAAAAUCAAUUAAAGCAUAUCUUGAAAAUGUUAAAACAUUUGUAUCGCGUAUAAAACAGUGUCGGUUGAAUCGAAAUGAUUUUGAAAUAAUUAAAACUAUUGGACAAGGGGCAUUUGGUGAAGUUGUUGCUGUUAAAAUGAAAAAUACGGAACGAAUAUUUGCUAUGAAAAUAAUGAAUAAAAUGGAAAUAUUGAACAGAGCUGAUAUAGUUUCAUUUCGCGAAGAACGUGAUGUUCUGGUAUUAGGUGAUCCUCAAUGGAUAACAAAACUUUAUUAUGCAUUUCAAGAUAACGAAAAUUUAUAUCUUCUAAUGGAAUAUUACUAUGGUGGUGAUCUGUUAACGUUAUUAUCAACAUAUGAUGAUAAAUUUUCUGAAGACAUGACUAGAUUUUAUGUUGCUGAAAUAAUCUUAGCAGUUGAUUCUCUACAUAGACUUGGUUAUAUUCAUCGGGAUAUCAAGUAG